GGAACUGAUGAACUUCUGACCAUUUUAAACAUCUGAAAGAUGUUUGGGGUUCCAGCCUGAAGAUACCUACAACUUCUAAAGCAGGCCGUUUUCUUCUUUUACAUAGAUGCUAGAUGGUGACUUCUGGAGGAGAUGUUUGCAGUUGCUUUCUUUGGCUUGUCUUUGAUGGCAUGGCACCCCAGUGUGACUGCACAAGAGAAGGUGAACCAGUGAGUUCCUCGGGCUGCAACUCCUGAAGCAGUUGAUUGUCAGUUGAGUGACUGGUCAGAAUGGACAGAUUGUUUUCCAUGUCAGGACAAAAAGUACCGACACCGGAGCCUCUUGCAGCCAAGCAAGUUUGGGGGAACCAUCUGCAGUGGUGAUAUUUGGGAGGAGACCAGCUGUAACAGCCCCACACCUUGUCUGAGGCAAGCACAGUGUGGACAGGAUUUCCAGUGUGGAGAGACAGGUCGCUGCUUGAAACGCCACCUGGUAUGUAAUGGAGACAAUGACUGCCUUGAUGGCUCCGAUGAGGACAACUGUGAGGACACCAUGGUCACUGAGGAUGACUGCCAUCAAUAUGACCCAAUCCCAGGAUCAGAAAGGGCAGCUUUGGGGUACAAUAUCCUCACUGAAGAGGUAGCCCUGAGUGUGUAUGAUGCCAAGUAUUACGGCGGCCAGUGUGAGACUGUGUACAAUGGUGACUGGAGGAAGCUCCAGUAUGACCCCACCUGUGAGCGCCUCUACUAUGGGGAUGACGAGAAAUAUUUUCGGAAACCCUACAACUUCCUUAAGUACCACUUUGACGCCCUGGCAGAUACUUUAAUCUCCUCAGAGCUCUAUGAUGAUGCAAAUGAGCUCUUUUCUAAAAUAAAAACGGACAAGUCACAGUCAAAUGGCAUAACCUUUGGCAUAGGCCCAGCAAAAGUUCCUAUAACACUGACAGCGAAUGUAUCCUGGUCCGACAAAUCUUCGUUCAUGGAAGAGUUAAGCAAGUAUAAUGAGAAGAGAUUCAGCUUCAUGAGAGUGUCUACAGAGGUACAGACCGCACAUUUUAAGAUGAGGAGGCACAAUAUUGUGCUGGAUGAAGGAAUGCUGCAGUCACUGAUGGAGCUCCCAGAGCAGUUCAACUAUGGAAUGUAUGCCAAGUUCAUCAAUGACUACGGCACCCACUACAUCACCUCUGGGACCAUGGGUGGCAUUUAUGAAUACGUUCUGGUACUUGACAAACAGAAAAUGAAAGAUGGCCGUAUUACUGCGGAAGAUGUCCAAAACUGCAUCGGAGGCAACCUGGGCCUGGAGUUUGGGGAUACUUGGAUCGUUGGAGGAAGUUUAUCAGGAUUUAAUUGCGAGAAGUCUGGAGAUGCUAACAGAGAAAUACAUAAGGCGAGCUUGGCAGUGGAGGAGAUCAUUUCUCGGGUGCGAGGUGGCAGUCCUGACAGUGGCUUGAUACAAAAUAGAAGUACCAUUACAUACCGGUCCUGGGGGAGAUCAUUAAAGUAUAACCCUGUUGUUAUCGAUUUUGAGAUGCAGCCCAUCCACCAGUUGCUGCGGUACACAAACCUGGGGCCUCUGGAGACCAAACGGCAGAACCUGCGCCGGGCCUUGGACCAGUACCUGAUGGAAUUCAAUGCCUGCCGCUGUGGGCCCUGCUUCAACAAUGGGGAGCCCAUACUCCAGGGUACCAGCUGCAAGUGCCAGUGCAGUGCAGGUCGGCAAGGCCUUGCCUGUGAGCAGAUGGCGACGGCGACGGAGGGAGUCAAAGCAGAUGGUCGCUGGAGCUGCUGGAGCUCCUGGUCAGCAUGCAGAGCGGGUACCCGGGAAAGGAGGAGACAGUGCAACAACCCUGCACCCCAGAAUGGAGGUGCCCCAUGCCCAGGGAAGAGCAUGCAGACCCAGACCUGCUGA